AACCCUUGCUGCCUCUAUGUGAUCUUCUCACAGAGAAAAGCAAAUGCAGCAGAGAAACACAGAUCAGAGGAACGUGUCCGAGAGCCGAGACUCAUCUCUACAGCUCUACAGCUUUCUCUCUGUUUCUAACCGACAGUGCUCCUGCUCAUUACAGAGCUUUCAGUGCACAGGGUGAUGGAUUUAUUACACAUUAUUAUGGCUUUCUUUUUUUUUUUUUUUUUUAAUUUUAGAUAAUAAAAUAUCACCAGAGAUCUGAAGUGGUAAAACACGAGAUGAUCUUUCAGCAUCAUUAGGAAUUCACUGAGUGAAGGAUUUUACGGUGCUUUCGGAGACUUGGGAUGGUGAUGUAAUAAAAACAAAGAUUGUAUUUCCAGGACAUGACCUGUCUGAUUUCUCUGGGCUGGAUUAAGACUCCAAGAUUCCUUCUUACAAGUUGCCUGAAAGACGUCACUCGGGAUUAACGAUGCAACACUAACAAGUCUACACCCGAGACUACAUGCCCAUAACUACGGUAUAGAAAUGGUUUGUACUGAGCAUAACUCGGGCACCUCCGUGCCCAAAAAAGAGCCUCAGGUCCGUAAUAAACGUAAAUCCCGUCCUCAGGGCCUCCCGUCACCGGCGCUGUGCUGCGCGUGUGGCCUGUGCAUCAUGCUAGCGGGUAUCAACAUCACCCUAGUUGGCGCCUUCGCCUUCACCACGCUCAUGCCCUCCGGUAACCCGCCUAUCAUCAUCGGACCCGUCCUUCUGCUCGUCGCCUUCACUUUCUUCGCCGCCUGCUGCGUGUGCAGCCGCAUGCCUCCUCCUCAUAGCUCACGUCGAAACAAAUCGGGCAACGUGGGCUUCAUGAGGCACCACGGGGCGACGUUCGAGAUUGAAACGAGCGAGCACACCAUUCAAGACACGACCGCCGUGCAGCUCAGUCCCACCAACUCGCCCAGCUUUUCGCGCAGCUCGGAGUCAGAUCGAGAUGCCAGUGUGAACGCAAAUGCUAACAUUAAUGCUAAUGCUAAUGCACCCGCUCCAGACUAUUCGCUCUUCACUAUGGAUGCUAACGGGCCGAACUCGGUGUCAGCGGCUUUUUCCACCGCUACAGGAAGUGGGGAGGCGGUCAGGCUCACUUUGCCGUCCAAUGCCACCUAG